CAGCCCUGUAUUCGAAAUCAAACGUAUUAGCUUAGCUAGCUCGCUGGCUGCGAGUCUACCGCCCGUUUUAGCAGUUUUAGACUCGUGAUUUGCACUAAAGCUUCACGAGUCUGGGAUGAGUUAGCACACUACACUUGUUUAAAGGUAUCUCUACACGAAUAAUGCAAGUUUUCGCUUGGUAUUUUUCGUUGUCAUCGCCCUUACGUUUGUUUUCCUGAAAUGACGUUGUGAAUAAAGUUCGCCGUUGGGGCGCCGGGGAGCGUCUCUUUAGCGAGAUCCUCGACAAAGAGCCGAAAGUGAGGGAACUGCAGCUGUGGUGCCGCCGUGGCGCAGAACAAGGGUGUGAUUAGAACAUAGGACACACAGUCCACCGCCAAGGUUCACCCAGCCUAAGGUCCAGCAGAAGGAUGGAGGAGGAGGAAGAACAUGCCGAGCCUCUUUCAGCGGAAGACUAUGCUGCCGAGGCCUUGGCAGCCGACAUGGAUCCGUGGAUCAUAUUCGACUCCCGCAAGACGCCUAGAGCUGAAUUCUUCAGCUGGCUGGAGUCCAAUAGGCCUUCUCAGGUCAGUCGUUUCGGAGAUGGAGAAGGAGGCCUGGGGCCUGUAGGAUGGAUAGCCGUAUUAGGACCAGACCAUUGCCCAGUGCAUGCAGAUGUGACCGGCCUCCAGGAAAGCUGGGAAAAGCUGUUGGCCAGUGGGCGUCCAGUCACUUUCCAGACCAUCAAGGAGCUGGCCUUGAAUCAUAACGUGCUCUCGGGCAAAUGGCUAAUGCACUUGGACACUGGCUUCAAAGUGGACCGCGCCUGGGAAUGUGUAGCUAAAGCAGCCCUGGAUGGAAAAAUCUCAUCGGUGAAGGUAAGCCCACGAGACCCAAACUCAGACACCAAGCACGUAAUCUGCGUCUACAACAACAAUUUUGCGGACGAAGAGCAGGUGAUGCAGCUGGACGCGGCCAUACGGGCUGCUGGUGUCAAGUGUCCGCUCUCUUACAAGCCGGACGUCUACACGUACCUGGGAAUAUACCGCAAUAACCGGUGGAAGCUGUGUCCCACCAUCUACGAGAGCAAGUUUGAUCUGGAAUGCGUGCCCAGACGCUCGCAUAUCAUCAAUAAAGUCACCAACUUGGAGGUUACAUAAGGUUACAAACAUUUCUACUAAUUCCUUAAAGGGGAAUUGCACAGAUUUUUCAAAAUUUUGACAUAAUUCUAUUGUUGCAAUGUAGUCACCUAUAGAGUGGUUUAAUGUGGUUCAUUGUAGAGAAAUGUACCAACUCAGAUUUCUUUACAGUGGUGGUGAUCGGAACCAUGGGGUUGCAAUGUUUACAGCACAUAUACAGUCAUUUUAUUCUGCUCAAACCAGUGUCACAGGAAUCAGGCAACAUAUUUGUAACCAUUUUCACAUUUUCUUUGUGAGGUAGAGAUUUUAAAUACAUAAAGAUAUUAAACAAGAUAAAGUCUUCAGAUGCUCUUGGCUCCUGUCACCACCGCUGUGAAUAAUUCUGACUUAGGGAAUUUUCUCUAGAACAAAGCUUUUCACAUCAGACCACUCUGAAUGGCUGUGUUUACAUUUCAGUGAUUCAGUUGUGUGGAAUUAUGUGGAAUUUGGAAAAACAGUGCAGUUUUCCUUUAAAGAACUACUGCAGCCUUUAACCUAAUCUCUCUCUACCACAUCUUUAAGCAUAUGGUCAGUCACCACAGACAAGCAGGUUCUCCCUUGUCUAAAUGAUCUGUGGUAAUCGGGUAUGUCCUGAUGUGGUCGAUGGAGAUCUGGUUAAAAGUGCUGGAGCUCCUUCAGUGAGAAUACAUUUCAACUGCAGUCUGGUUGGGUGGAAAGCGAAAGUGCUUAGACUGACAUCACCUAUCCAGUGAUUAAGGGUAAAUGGCGAGGAGAGGAAGGAGCUUUUGCUUAUUGAAUUGAAGAAGACUGAAGAUGUCUUUAGUGGUUGUGGAUAUCAGGUCUGUUCUCUUUCACUCAAUACUGCUCCACUGACUUUCUGUUUCUUGAGUUUAUAUUCUGCGCUGGAUUUAGCACCAUUUUGUUGUAACAGACUCUGCUUAACUCGCCACCUGUUCCUGCAAAUCACCGGCUGCUACAGUGCAAAGAAAACCCAAAAUUUGUGUUGAAUUGUUAACAAACAAGCACAACUCUUUUUCUUUCACUAAACUGUUUACUGCAUUACUGAUUUCGUACUGUACAGUAAAUGGUAAAGUUACUGUACGUGAAUAGACUCUGAGCUGAAUGGCAUCUGACACUAGUUUUGUUUAAGGGCUGCGAAAAAAUUUGUGUUUGAAAAAUUAAUUCUUGUUUAAUCUGAAUAAAACUGUUCAUUUUGUUUAGUAUGUACUUGAGUAUGUGUGAACAUGCCAAAUAAAUGGUUUGAUUGUUUUUUUUUUUUUGUGCGAGUCUAUACGUUAAGCUUCCUAUACUGGAGUUGACCCUGUGAUCAGAAAUCACCGUGGUUAUAUUACAUUACUUAAUAUGUAUCAUCUCCAGUUAAUCCACUGUUAAUCCACAACGUAAACUCAAACAGCAGUGAGUGCUCUGACGACCUUUUGUUCUGUAUUUUGAAAUAUUGUAUGUUGUUGCCGUUUUAUAAACACAACGAGCCACUCCAGGCUGCGUUGCAGUGAUUUAGCCACAGUUGAAGCUGCAGUCUGGCCUAAAUCUGGCUUUUAAUAUGUUAUAUGUCAUGUUAUGCAGUAUUCUGUAGCAUCCUUUGGCCUCGUCAGUUUACUAUCGAUUUUGUAUGCUUUUUGGGUUUUGGUUCAUCAAUGUUCUCUCACUACAAUAACCAGCGUGCAUUGCACAAAUAUAUCAAGCAUUGGGAACCCCUCCAUGGUAAUAAAGAGAUCCUGACUGCUAACCUAGCCACUAAUGUAGAGGAUAAUAAAUAAAGGUGAUAUCUGGUUUCCCAGCAGAACUCCAUCAUGUAUCCACCCCUAAAAAGUGCUUCUACUUUUUUUAAAAGCCCUCCACCCCACACACACACAACCGGAUCAGACACAGCAGUGCUGCUGGAGUUUUUAAA